AUGCUUACGUGGAUUAGGCGCCUUGGACCAAAAAAAGACACAUUGAGUCGACGCCAAAAUCAUAUCACGCCAGUGACUCCCAAUGGAGAGUGGCCGGGCAGAAAUGGCCCUGCGCACAAUGCAGGCGUGCAUGAUAUAAGCAUGCGUGACCAAAGUGUGUCUGCGCCUUCUCGGGAGGAUAAUGAUGUCUUCCCCGCCGACAAGCAAAGUAUGGAUAAAUCUCUCGAAUGUGGUGAAGCCGAGUCCGCUAUAGGCAUUGCUCGAAGAAUCUGUGGACUUGGGAGCCACCACAUUGAUGAGCAAACUACUUCUGCCAUUCCUGGCUACCAGGCCAGUACUGGGGGUCCUAUUACAAGUUCGCCCACAACUGGUCAACGAGUUCCAAUAUCCGCCAUCCUGGGUCAGCCUUUGCCUCCCGUGGAAAUUGUAUACAGCCUCUUGGAAGAUUAUUUCGAUGCCGUACAUUGGUUUUCUCUUGCAAUUUAUGAGCCUAAGUUUCGGAAGUGCCUCCUUUCUAUUGCGGAUGGCUCUGCAUACCCCUCACAGAGGCCAUUCCUUAUGUUGCUAGCGAUGAUUCUUGCAAUGGCAUCGUGGUAUCGAUCUCAGAGGAGUGGCACUGAUAUGACCGACAGCAGCUAUGACAUGGGAAAAUUAAGUGCAGACUUGGUGAAGCUUGUUGAGUCAAAUCUGGUGGAAUUGAUGGAUACACCUUCAGUCACUGCCGCUCAAACCUGUAUCCUCCUAGGAUCACAUCAUGUCUAUCAUGGCCGCCCGAAUCUCUCCUUUUCUUUAUUGGGGGCGACCAUCAAAAUGUCCCAGUCUUUAGGGAUGCAUCGAGGGCUUUUGCGUGGAGACUUUGAUGAUGUUGAGGAGAGAAAACGAGUCUGGUGGACGAUAUACACAUGGGACAGGUUUGCGUCAAUAACUUAUGGCCGACCGCUAAGUAUCAAUGACAAAGAUUGCAAUCAUAAUAUGCCAGCAGACGUUUUUGAAAAUCCGAAAUUUGUUGAUCCAUCUUCCGGACAGGCUAAUCCCAUAUGCUAUUCAACCUACCAGCGGGAAUUGAACCAACUCUACCUGAUUGCAUCGCCUGCUCUCAAAACUGUUUUCGGUUCACGCAUGCUCAGAACCGAGAAACUGGAUGGAGAUACAUACUUUUCAUUGGUCGGUCACGUCACGCAAGCUCUACAGAGAUGGAGAUCCUGCCUGCCGGUUCACUUGGCAUUGAAUCUCAAUCGAGACUUUGAUCCCAAUGGAGGACCGAGCUCUAGAGCAUAUGCCUUGCAGUCUCUGUCGCUGCAACUGACAUAUGACAAUGUUCUUAUUGUAUUGCAUCGACCCUUAUUAGCGCGACAGGUCGAUCACCUCUAUACUGCGGAUCAACGAACGCCCAAGGAAGGCGAUAUAGAUACCUUGAUGUAUCAUUCGACUACAGGCCCCUCCGUCGCCCAGCCGAGCUUACCUUCGGAACCUACAUUACCCAGCACUCAAACCACGAGCCCAGAUUUAUGGAUGAAAGCGGCAACUAGAACAUCAAGGGUGACAGAAUUACCUACUCUUGCUCAGCUCGCAACCGACAGCCAUCUCGUUGCAUUUCUUGCCAUCAACUUAUUCAACGCUGCAAUUGUGUUGGCUGUGAUGGCUCUUUCUGAACCUCUUUCAGAUACUGCACAGGAAGUGAAACGAACCAUUACUCGUAUCCUUCGCUUGCAAGAUCUGCUUGGGAGACGGUCUGCACUAUCAAAACAAAGCACAGCUGUGUUGAAAAAUGUCGUUAUAAUGCUCCUCCGUCGUGAAUCGGCUACCAUGCUUGCUCCAAUCACAGGAACAAGUCAACUCCCUAUGCAACCUAUGACAAACCCAUCCUCGAUCUCCGUUGAGGACACGCUUCGAAUGCCGCUCGAUGCAGCGCUGGACUCACGUAAACCUCUUGCGGGAGACCAAAGAUUGCCGGAUCUCAGCAGGGCUGAUCGCCUGAACAAUAGCUUGACAUCUGUCCAAUAUGUAUGGUAUCUAGCUUUGGGCCCAGGGGAACUUUCAGCCACUAUUACUACUGGUGCAGAUGAUUUUCCACACCUUGAGUUGGCUGAAUCAAACACGCAGUCCCAUGGCUCAUGGCAACUGCCCCCGGAUGAUUGGAGCAUGCCCGGGGUCUCUCGGGGCAUCGUUGAAAACACCUACCUGGAUAGCACUGAAGGGGGGCUAUAUUGGUUAUGGGAUAUGACGUGGAAUGGAGUUGAAAGAUAA